AAAAUAUAUAUAUGACGUUAUGGCACUCCUAGGAGCAAUGGCCGGAAUUACGAUGGUUAGUAGUUCCUCGUCUACUUCUACAAGGGCUAUACAACGUUUGAACCCACCGCGCCUAGGCUUCGCGAACCACGUGUUUGUCGCUCCAUGUUUUCAAUGAAUUUCGUACACGUUCCCCGUUUAGAAUAAUUCUGGCACUAUGAAGAUUUCUCGACAUAAAAAAGUACAGAAAAAUCUUGCCUUUUACGUAAAUAACUUUAAAUUUCGACAACCAUAUCAAGUGCUGAUCGACGGAACGUUUUCUUUUGCUGCGCUUCAAAAUAAAUUCAAUAUCCAAGACCAGCUACCUAAAUACUUGCAAGCGGAGACGAAACUGUUGAGUACACAAUGCGUAAUUUUGGAAACGGAAAAGCUGGGAUCAAAAGUGUUUGGCGCGAUGCUCAUUGUUAAACAGUUUGCAGUGCAUAAAUGCGGACAUGAGAAACAGCCAGUUUCUGGAUCCAAGUGUUUACUGUCCAUGCUUGGAAAGGAAAACCCAUCGAGGUACAUCAUUGCCACGCAAGAUCGCGAUCUUCAGGAACACGUGCGGAAAGUGCCCGGUGUUCCUUUGAUCUACUUGCACGGCAAAGCACCAACCUUGGAACCACCCUCUCAGGCUAGCCGUAAUCGGGCGGCAGAAUUACGAAGGGCUGUUGGAAUAAAUGUUCAACAAGAAGAAACCUUGAAGGUUCUGAAAGAGAAAUCGGGGUUGGCUGAAGAAAGUGACGUGAGGUCUAAGAAGAAACGAAAGAAAGGUGGCCCGAAUCCUUUGAGCUGUAAGAAAAAGAAGAAAUCAGCAACGGAAACUGCGACGAAUACGAAUAAAACGGGAAAGGUGAGGAAGAGAAAGAGGGUGAAAUUGGCAACGCACAUAAUAGAAGCUUUAAAGCCGACGUCGAUGUCGUCGUCAUCAUAAUCCAUUCUAUCGUUGAAUUCGUACGAAACUGCUUUAUUAUUUAUAAUACAAUUUUUUUCUUCAAUUUUAAUUAAUAAGAAUAAAGUAUUUGCUUAACUCUGA